UGAUAAUAAUAGUUAUGAUGUCAACAAUCGGUGUUCUUGAAUGUACUAAUAUUUAUCAUCACUGUUCAUUUGCGUAGAACCAAGGGUGGUCUGUGCUCACGUCGUUUACCACCGUUAAAGUUUCCGUUGCUCCGGAUCUUGAUCCUCUAAUAUGAACGAGAACAACGUUCGCGACAAACAUUUCAAAACGUACCUCAGCGACAGUGACGACAGUUCCGCCACACAUUCCACUUGCGAGUGCAACGAUGUCGCUUCGAACGUUUCGGAUUACGAGUGGGAAAACGAAAUCGAUGACCGGGGGCAGUUGUUCUACGUUAAAUGCUCGGCUCGUAAACAGACAAAGCUUACCAAACGUAUUACUGAGUCGAACGAUAUGCCAAAAAAAACGAAAACCGCAGCGGGCAAAUUGGUAAAACUUUUGAAACGUAACAAAAGGAGCAGAGACAGAAACGACGGUUCGAAACAUACAGGAAACGUUAAUAAAGUUACAUUCUUGGACACGCAAGAAGGUGAGUUGAGGGAAGUAACAAUCCAAGUCGUAAGUGAUACAUGUAGUAAUCUUGGCAGAAGAGCCACUCUAACUGAAAAGUUGUUGGGUUUAUCGACAACGGUUUUUGAAGACGGUUCUCGUAUUAUGGUAGCAUCAAUCAUUCCAAACUCUCCUGUCGACAAUCAGAGGUCCAUAAAAAUAGGAGAUUGGCUUAAAAUGAUAAAUGGAGAAAUAAUAACUGCAAAAACAUUGGAUCAGAUUCUAUUAAACAUAAUUCCACCGACUACUAUUACGUUAGCUGUUCAAAGAGUUGCAGUCAGUUUAGUUAGUGUUGAAAAACAAAAUAACCAGCAAUUAUCUACUUAUUUGUCUUCAAAGACUAUUAAUGAUGAGUUUAUAUUAGAACUUAUUCAAUAUCCUAUUGCAGUAAUGUACUUGUCAGUUGAUAGCUCAAAUGUUAUCUAUGUAUAUCCUGGUUCGUCAUCUAUAUUCCAUCAAAUUAAAGGAGCAUUUCUAACUAUUAGUCAUGUUGUUCCACAGAUUGUCAAAUGUCAGACAAAAAGUACAUCCAUGAUUUGUGAUGAUCAAUUAGUUCAUGCGAUAUUUGUAUUCGAAGGUCAAGGAACAUAUAUUUUUAUCGUACCAGAUUCAAAAUUGAAUUUGACUUACGCAAAUCAGAUGGCUUCUAACAUUGUUAGAAAUUUAUGCUUCUGUUAUGAAAAUUUAAAUAGUUGCUUUUCAAAUAAAGAAAAUCAUUACUUGUUAGAUAAAUACUUUACAAUUAUAUUCUCAGAGAUAUUUGAAGUCAAUAUGUUUCAUAAUAUAGAUAAUGGCCAAAAGUUUGAAAAGUACUUACCUGCCUCUAAGAAUAUUCCCCUGCCUAGAAGUAUUCAAAUGGAACUGGAUGAUAUAUUAAAUGAACUUGAAGCUAAUUAUGUUUGUAAAGAUGCUAGAGAACCUCGACCAUACUUGGUUAUUGGUACAUCAUUUUAUUAUAAGGAUUACCUAUUAUCAUCUCAUUUAAACUAUGAAGAUCAUAUAGAUAUUCACAUGUUUUGUUUACAAAAUGGUUUAUUUCACUUACUUACCUCCGAAUACCUAGAACGUUUAAUAAUAUUCCGAAGAGUGUAUCCUUCUUCUGUUAGAUCAAGCUGUUUGCUUGUUGGUUCUGUAUAUACACUACCAAAAUCUAAAUGGUAUUUAUUAAUAGUUGGCCGUGGAAAUAAUCUAAUGGCAACCCUUCUUGAAGUUGGACCUUGUUAUUUAAAAAAUGAAACUUUUUAUGGACCUGAUGUUGAUUAUGUGGAAGAAGCUGAAGAUACAUUAGAAAAUGUUAUUAACAUGAAUGUUGAUGAAGUGGCAGAAAAAUGGAUUGAAGGUAAUUUAAUGCAAAUUAACCAAGGAGAAUCCUUGAAAAAUUCAGCAUUUAAUUUAAAUUCAAAUAAUAAACAAUUAAAUGGUUCUCCAACUAAAAAACCAGAAAUAAUUUCUAUAUUAAAACAUAAAAGUGAUAUAGCGUUGAAUUCUCAGUUAUAUAAUGAUUCUAGACAGUUAGAUUCAUUGUCUGAAACAAGUUUAACUAGUAGUGGAGCACCAAGCACAGAAGAUAGUAUGUAUGUACAGGGUCCAGUAUUUGGUCGUCGAGCUGAACGCAUGAUGAAAGCUUCAUCAUUAGAGUGGUCCGAUAAUUCUGAAGAUGAAUAUAUUGUUUCGGAUAGUUCGCGCUCAAUGGAUAUGUCAGAUGUUUCAAAGAAUUUACCUGUACCUCUUAAUAAAUUUAAUUUUGGUAAAUUAAGUAUGCUGUUCCGCUACCUUGACAUAAAUUGUCAUACAGGAGUUAUGUUAUGUUCACCGUCAAUAUAUAAUAAUCAUAAUCCAAAAACCAAAGAAAUAUUUCAAAAAGUUGAAGAGAAAUUUUAUUCAACUGUAACCGAUUUACGAGAUUUAUUUGAUGUAACAAAUCAGAAUGAAAAUGAAAUUAACGAAAUUGGAGUAUUGUUUCAAAUAUCUUCAUAUAACGCAGAUUCUUCUAAAAAAUCAUCAACUAUAACAUUUUGGGUCAUGGGGAGACUAAUCAAAGAACCAAAUAAACGUGAAGUAUAUGUUUGUUAUGAAGAAGAAAUACCACAAAAUAUGGUUGAAAUUGCAUUUAAAUUAGGUAUAAGUGCAACAGGAUAAUACAAUCAACUAUCAGAUAAUUAUUUGUAAAUUGUAUGUAAAAAUAUAAAUAUUUUCAUUUGGUCUGGAAUAAAAUUAUUUAUUAUUAU